ACCAGGUACCAGCGGCAAUCCUAGUUGGGGGGGGGAAAGGCACGAGGUGAGCGAGUUUGAGCGGCCAAAGUUAAAAAAAAAAAAAAAGAGGGCGUGAGCGGCUAGAAAGAAGCCAGUCCCGGACGAUGCACACGGAGCGACGCGGUGCCUUGCAAGGUUGCACAGGGUUGCUUAUCCGCUGGAGCCGACUUCGCGGAGUAUAAAAGCUGGCUGCAAGGCCGCCUUCGAAUUCAUAACCCAGCGCAGCUAGGAGCGCGCCCGAUGGAGCAGCGGCCAAGCCACCUCGGAUAGUUCUCCUUUUGCUACGGAGAAGCAACUGAAGAGGCUUGUGCAAAAAGAGCAUCACUUCCCAGCCGCGCUUUGAGCUCGCCACGGAGAGAGUCUCCCCCCCGCCCCCUUACUCCCUUCGGCUGGGGUGGCCGGAGCAACCGACUGAGCGAUUUGCCUCCGGGACUUCGGGAGUACCAGAUCGCCUUUGCCUUUUCCACCACCACCCCUCCCCACGCCCACGAGUUUCCUCUUUUAAGGAGAAGUGCCUGAAAAGAGCGAGUCGGUGGUUUCCAUAGUGAUGGAACAGAAAGUGCAGGAAAUUUAAAGACGCUGGAUCCUCGCGCAGCAGACUAACUGGUGCCAACGUGCGUGGCGGCGGCGGCGGCUGUUGCAAACUGCAAAGAGACGGGGAGCCGAAUGGAAGUUUGCAGAGGUCUCUCCUGAGCGAAGCGACGCGCGCAACCCCCCGAAAUCCGGAGCCAGAACAACUGCAUGGGGCACCCCAGGCUUCUGAUUUUCUGCACGGGGCUGUCGACUUUGACGAUCAGUAUUGCUUACUUCUAAACGGCGCUGGUUUUGAGUUUUGGUUUUUGCUGCUGUUGCCUACUCACCGGACCCGAGGAAAGGCGUUUGGGCAAGGAGGCUGCAGCCGCUGAAGGCAAGCGGCAGGGGAAGACCCUCCUCUCCUGCCCCCUCCGUGCUUGGAUACCCUCAUCUUCCCUUCUCCGGCCGAUGCCUCUGCUCAGGCCCGGUUCUGGGUGAACCCUGUCCCCUUUCCUUGUCCCUUCCAUCCAUCCAUCCAUCCCUCUCCCUCCCUCCCUCCCUCCCUCUCUCUCUCCGAGCAUGGAUCACCUUCAGUGGCUGGUGAGGCUUUACGCGUUGGCGGUUCUCCUAGGUUUCCGACUGGAACAGGGCGCUUGCCAGCACUACCUCCACAUCCGACCGGCCCCCAGCGACAACUUGCCCUUGGUGGAUCUAAUCGAGCACCCGGACCCUAUCUUCGACCCCAAGGAGAAGGACCUGAACGACACGUUGCUGAGGUCCCUGCUGGGUACCCACUUCGACCCGAGCUUCAUGGCCGUCUCCUUGGCCGAGGAUCGUCUCGGCGGGGAUGACCUAGCCCAGCUGGACCUGCUGCUGCGGCAGAGACCCUCCGGAGCAAUGCCCGGCGAGAUCAAAAGUCUGGAAUUUUACGACGGGGGUCUUCAGGCUAGCAAGAAGCACCGGCUGAGCAAGAAACUCCGUCGGAAGCUGCAGCUCUGGCUGUGGUCUCACACUUUCUGCCCGGUCCUCUACACGUGGAACGACCUCGGCAGCCGCUUCUGGCCUCGCUACGUGAAGGUGGGCAGCUGUUUCAGCAAGCGCUCUUGCUCCGUCCCGGAAGGCAUGAUUUGCAAGCCGGCCAAAUCCGUGCAUCUGACCAUUUUGCGGUGGAGGUGCCAGCGCCGCGGGGGGCAGCGUUGCACGUGGAUCCCCAUCCAGUACCCGAUCAUUUCCGAGUGCAAAUGCUCCUGCUAAGGCGGGGGAGCAACGCGUACCCUCCGCUCCGGUCACCGUCAACGUCCCGUAGAAAACAGCAAGCCAAGUAUAAAUACCGCGCCUCUUUUUCUCACCGAACCAUCCCGGCCGCGAAGCCGGGGUUUUGGUCGACUUCAAGACGCUACAAAGCGUAAAAGGAGAUGGACGUUUGGCCUCCCCGUUGAAACGUUGCACCGGUCCGGGUUGCGUGCAAGACAGGCAACUUUUUGUUUUUGUGUUAAAAAGACGGGCUUGCACCGGACCCCCUGCCCUGCAGACACACACACACCCAAACGCCUCCGAAAAGCAGGUCAGUGUUGCACCGCGAACUCUUCUCGUCUGCUGUAACUUUUUAAGAGAGUAGAUUCGCUCGGAUCAUCGCAAAUGGAAGUUUUCUCCACCCACCUCCCCGUCUUUAAUUUAUAUUCCAGGAAAAAAAAAAGCGUUUGGAGGAUUUAAAAACAAACGCUCCUCAAAGCUUUGGGGCUUUUUUUUUUUUUGCAAAGGCUUUUAAAAAAAAAAAAAAAGAACAGAGGACUUUUAACAUAAAACGUUUUUUUAUUAUCAAUGGAAAUAUUUUCCAUUCUUUAGGGAACAAAGUUUUCGAGUGAUUUGCGUUGUGAAUUUCUUUUCUUUUUUUUUACGGACUUCCGAGAUUAUGAGUAAAAACGAUACGAUGACUAAAAGGUUGAAAGACACGUUGUUACUGUUGUGUACAUAGCGGGUUUGGUGGUGUUGUUUCUUUUCCUUUGGACGUCUUUUCAUCUUCUGUACGUGGAAGAGAGUUUGCUAUUUAUUCUUUAUAUUCAUUCCCUUGUAGUCGAAAAGUUCAGCUCAAAAUUAAAAUCAACCACUAAAAGAUCAAACCCUCCUUGGAUUCUGUGGGGCGCGGUUGGGGCUGAGAGAGGGGGGGGGCGCAGCGGAGGCGGCGUGCUGGGAACCGGAGCGGCUUGGAGAGGGAAAGGAAGGCAGCCCCUUUUUUUCCAGCACCAUCCACCUUCCUCGGAAGCAAGUCCCGCCGGGUUGGAUCGGCGCGACUCCCCUCAGCCAGCCCGCUCCGCUCCACUGGGGAGCGGGCGAAGACCUCUGGAAAGCGCGCCGGUUGCUUGUUUGCUCGCUUCUCCGCCGCCCCCCAUUUGGCCGUCGCCCCCCUGGGAAGGCUCGGGGCAGACGCCUUCGGAGAGACGGCGGCGGGAGGCGGGCCCCAGGCGGGGAGGAAAGGGGGAGGCGGGUGGUUGCCGCUUUGACAUCUCAUUUACCAGGAGCCACGUGUCUCUGACACCUACCCUUGUGGCCGAGCCCCGCUGAAACUCGAGCCCCGGCGGCGCGUUCUUUGGCUCUCGCUGCAGACAGUCGCCUAUCCCGGGCAAG